AUGUCAGUAAGACCAGCAACCCACGCAGGAUCCUGGUAUACGGGAUCGGCUUUGCGCCUCGAGUCACAACUAGACAAGUGGCUUUCACAAGCAUCAGGUCCUGUUGCCGGCGCCCGUCUUUUGGUGGGCCCUCAUGCGGGCUAUGCCUAUGCCGGAGAAACGCUUGCGCAAACAUACAGCGCUCUAGAUGCUUCAGGAAUCAAAAGAGUAUUUAUAAUGGGCCCCUCCCAUCAUGUCUAUUUUAGAGGAUGUGUCAUGACAAGCAAUUUCGACUAUUAUGAGACACCUUUGGGCAACGUCCCCGUGGACAAGCAAACGAUAAAGGAUCUGGUAGCAAAAGACUCCAAAAUGUUCAGAUUGAUGUCCGAGGAAAUGGACAGGGAAGAGCACAGUUUUGAAAUGCACAUGCCAUUUUUGUACCGUGUGACGAGUAAAGCCCGAGGCAGUGUCCCCAAAAUUAUACCUAUCAUGAUCAGCGCCACUGAGGAAAAGUUUGAGAGAAAACUGGCAGAGCACCUGACUCCAUACUUUCAAGACCACGAAAAUGCGUUCGUCAUAAGCACGGAUUUCUGCCAUUGGGGAUCCAGAUUUGGCUACACUUCAUAUACGCCUUCUGGGAAGAUUGCCGAUAUUCAGGAUUUGAGGUAUGGAACAAGCGUACUCAAAAAGUCCGAUGCUUUGCCAAUCUACAAGAGUAUUGAAGCUUUGGACAAGGAGGCAAUGAAAAUUGCCUCAAAAACCUCCUACAAGGCGUUUCGGGACUAUCUGGCCGCGACGGAGAACACAAUUUGUGGAGCUAAACCGUUGAGUGUGCUACUUCUUUUAAUGGAACAAAGUUCGGAGAAGAACCUGGAAUGGUUGGGGUACAAACAAAGCAGCUCUGUCACUUCAGUACACGACAGCAGUGUGAGUUACGCAAGCGCUUAUGCUUAG